AUGACAUUAAGUGAGGACCAGGCAGGGUUAUUUUUAACAGAAGAAUCAGCAAGGAGGUUGUGGGAAGAAUUAAAGAGAAUACAUGUGGAAAGUACCAUAGAGCUACACAUAGAUAUAGGUCUAGAAUUACAGAACAUAAAAAUGAAUAAUGGGGAAUUGGUCAAGGAUUACAUAACAAGGGCUAAGAACAUUGUGUCAAGAAGUGCCAGUAUAGGGUAUCCCAUUGAAGAUAGGGAAGUAACAUACCACCUGGAAAGAGGACUGCAUACAAAAUAUAAAAGAGUGGUGAUAGUGCUUAGGGCCCAAAGAUCACUAAAAUUAGAAGCAGAGGAAUGUAGAGUGAGUCGAGAAACAGAGGGACAAGCAGCUGGAAAUAGUAGAGACGGAAAGGUAUAUAGGAUGACCAAGCGCUAUCAUUACAAAGAACCCUCUGAGUGUUUUGUGUGUGGGAAAAUAGGGCAUAUAGCAAAAUAUUACUAUCGGAAUGGGAGAACCUCACAGCCAAUAGGUAAUAGAGGCAAGUACAACAAUAAUUCAAAUAAUAGUAGACCUGAUUAUAGAGGUAGAAUUUUUAAUAUCAGAAGAGAACAAGGGAAUAUAGCUACUGCACCAAGAAAUGAGCAUACAUUUCAGGUGAAAGAGAAGGGUAGUUAUAUAUCAACAAUGGGAAAAGAAAACAAGAUGGAAGAGUGGACACUUGAUUCAGGAUCAACUGCUCACAUGACCCCAAAUAUCAAGUAUAUGACAAACAUUAGAGAAUACAGGACUAACAUAGAUGUAGCAGAGACCAAUAGAUCAUUGGAAGCAGAAGCGAUAGGUGAUAUAAGAAUCGUAAAAAUGAUAAAUGGACAAGAGGAAACAAUAAAAAUUAAGGAUGUCCUAUAUGUACCUCGUUUAAGAGCCAACCUAUUAUCAGUGAGUAAACUAAUUAAUGAAGGCAACAAGGUGAUAUUUGAAAAUGGCAUGGCCAUAGUUGUUGAUUCGUCAGAAGAGAUGAUAAGUAAACUACUAGAGAGAAAUGGAAUGUUUAUAUUUAUGGCAAAACCGAAAAAUAGUUGUUUAUUGAGUAAUGAACAAGAUUCAGAAGCAACAAGGAAGCAAUCGGAAGACUGGAAAAUGCACUGGCAUUGCAAAUGCGACGACUAG